ACAUCAACCAAAAGAAAACUAGAGUGGCUGUAUUAAUACCAGACAAAGUAGACCUCAGACCAAGGACUGUUACCAGGGAUAAAGAGGGACGCGACACCGAGGGUCUGUUCACCAAGUAGACAUCACAGUGAUCCUAAGUGUGUGUUCACAAAACGGUAGAGCCUCAAGCCAUAUGAAGAAAACCUGACAGAACUGAAAGAAGAAACAGAGAAAUCCACAAUUGCAUAUGGAGGUUUCGGUACUCGUUUCUCCAUAGUCAACAAAACAAGUAGACUGAAAAUCAGUAAGAAUACAAAAGACCUGGACAAUACUGUUAACCAACUUGACCUCAUUGGCAUUUCUAGAACAUGCCGUGGAAAUCAACAGACUGCACAUUAUUUUCAUGAGCUUCAGUUUCAAUGCUUUCGGUUGACCUGUCUUUGAGUUCACGGAUGUUUCUGCUCCGUCUCUCCCUCGGCUGCAUGUUUCUGUGUAGUGGGGACUGUGUCAGUUUUCAGAUGCCUGUUGCUGAGUAUAAGGAUUGGCAGAGAGGAGUUAUCCCGUCCCUGUUUGUGGUUGGGGUAGCUUCCCAACAGGCCGCAGGAAAUAGGGUCCUUCAGCUCAGCAGGAUUGUAUUUGGAUUUUCCAAUAAUGGAUGUGGGAGAAAUAAACGAAGUAAAUAUUCCCCAUCCUUUAUCUUAAGCAAUUUUGGUUGGAUGCAUAAGCCACCAGCUUUUUCAGAAUAUCUGAAGGGUGAUACGCACUGAUAAUUACUGGCCUAAAAUAAAUAUACUUAGAAGCAGACUGAGGCUGAUGCAUAGCUUCUGUAUUUAUCUCAUGGUGACAAUAAUGAGGAUGAUACUAACAAUAGCUAACAUUUGUUGGGUGCUUAUUAUGAACCACACUGACUUGCUAAUGUUUGAUGUAUUCACUCAUUUAUCCCUCAUAAUAACCCUGCUUUUAUCUCCAUUUUACAGUUGAAGAAAGAGAGGCAUCGGGAGAUUGAUUAACUUGCACAAGUUUAUUCUGCCCGUGAGUGGCAGAAUCAGGGUUGAAACCUGGCAGCCUCAUUCGACAGCCUGGUCUCUUGGCCAAGGCACUCUGUUUUCAUUAGACCAGCAAAGUGGGUUUAGGAGUUUGUGAGGCUGCUCAACCUGUUAAAAGGCACCCUGGACCGGGGGACGCAGAAGCUGAGUGUUAAAAGCUAAGAGGGUCUAGGACGCAGGUGGGCAAACUGCUGCCCAUGGCUGGUCUGUGCAAAUCCCUUCUUCCUCCCCAGCUACGAAGAGUUUUUACAUUUCAAGGGUUGUAAAAAGAAAAAAAAAGAACAGUAUUUGUCAGAGAUUGUGUGCGGCCCACAAAGCCCAAGAUAUUUGCUGUCUGUCCCUUUGUGAGAAACAGUUUGCCAGCCCCUGGUCUGGGUAAGAAGGGAAGGGGGACAGACAGAAGGAACAGCACAUGCGAAAGCCUGCAGACUUUUCUGUGAGAUCAAGUGAUUGACACGCUGGAGAUCACAGAGAAGAGGGGCUUUGGAGAAAAAAUGAGCAAACAGACACAGAUGAUUCCUCUCUGUGUGGCUUGCUAAGAAUCUGGACUUCAUCCCAAGGCACUGGGCAGCCAUGCACGUGUUUUAACCAAGAAAGGAGCAUAGUCAGACUUUAACUCUGUCAAACAUAUGAAGAAACAAGAACAUUCUAUAGGGCGACCGCCAUUUAAAUGUGUAUUUAACAUGAAGUGCCUUAUAUUCUGAAUUCUCAGAGUCCCUUGGAUGAUGAGUGACCCCUAUUGCUCGAUGAAGCUGACCGGGCAGGUCCAAACUGGAAGCCGGUCUUCAUGCUGAGGAUGGAGAGAUAACCACAACUCACAGUGCUGCCCUUUCCUCCCAGAGACAGCCCCAGGAGCACCUGUAAUGGGAGCGGUGGGGAGCUGGGAGUCAGAAGGCCUGAGGCCCAGGCCCUGCCCUGCUCCUGGCUUGCGUGUUCUCCAGUCAUUUCCUUUACUCACUGAGAGGCUGAAUGGCCUAGUGGUUAAUUGCGUGGGCUCAGCUUACAGACCGUCUGUAUUCAUCUCAUAGUCUGUGGUUUACAACCCUCUCUGCAAACUGUCGUCACCUGGGGCGAGAGGGGUUUCAUAAAAACUCUUCCUCACUGAUGCUCAUUUCUAGAUCCCAGACUGGGAUCUGGGCAUUGGGAUUGUUUUUUUAACCUUCCCAGUGAUAGCAGGGAGCUGGCAGAUAGAGAGCCCCUGUCCUAGUAACUAAGGACACAGACUCCGGGCUUGUCACCCUGGCUGCUCUGCUGACUAAAUGGAUAAUCACGAGCAAAAAACUUAAAAACCUUGAUGCUUUAAUGUUCUCAACUGUCAAAAUUAUCCCAACCUCUUGAGUUGUUGUGACAAUUAAACGAGGCAGUUACUCUAAAGAACGCCAUUUGGCUGUUGACUUCCAGUCUGGGUUUGGGGCCCUUCCGUGUUCUCCUAAAGGAUGCUGUUUAAACUCUGCUCUGGCAUCUGUGUGUGUGUGGUAUAAUUGCGGAUUUCCUAGUUGGUCUCCCGUGCUGGGCUGUGAGCAACUGAGAUCUGGGAACUGUCUCCUUUUUAGAAGGUGAUCCGUGAAUGCGCGAGUGAAAGAAAACAGCUCUUCCGCUGCUAAUCAUGCAGCCAGGUGAAGGCUCGUUCCUGGUAGCUGGGCGUGCAGUCUGUGGAGUCCACAGCAGUGGCCCAUGGGGACGGGCAUUUGGGAAGAAGUGGGUAGAAGACCUCUCUAAGGGGGUCCUAAAAGGCUCUGCCUUUUUCACAGCCCACAAAUAGCCCUUUUUGAGUUCUUUCUCUUCCACAGAUGACUGAAGUUGCUUGAGAAUGGUAAAUAAGGUCUCUGCCUUUCCCCGGGAAAAGGAGGAGAAAAUGAUCAAGGUUCAGGAGCCGGUGACCUUCGAGGACGUGGCUGUGGCCUUCACGGAGGAGGAGCUGGGGCUGCUGGAUGCCACCCAGAGGCAGCUGUACCGGGACGUGAUGCUGGAGAACUUCUGGAACCUGCUCUCUGUGGGGAAUCAGCCCUUCAAACCAGAGCUCAUAUUCCAGUUGGAGAGAGAAGAAAAGCUUUCGAUGAUGGAGACAGAAACCUGGAGAGAUGGGUGUUCAGGAACCAAGAAUGAACAUCAUAUGGAGAGUAUUCGAGAAGUGGGAUUAAGCUGCCCUUCCCCCAAAGAGCUUUCCUCCUGGCAGAACUGGCAGCAAGGUGCAGGCGGGUUAAUGAGGUGUCAAGAUUCCAUGAACAAUUUUCAAGGGAAUAUUUCUCAGGUGCCAAAACAAGGUGAUUCCGCCUGCCAGGUUUGGGCAGAAAUACCCAUUCAGAUUCCUGAAGAUGAGAACUAUGUAUUGACUCAUGCAGAGGAUGGUUCCACUUACAUAGCAAACCAAGACUUUCCAUCUUGGAGAGCCCAGCAUUCUUGGAGGAAAACAUAUCUGACAGAGUCAUGUAAUUAUCAGUGUAGAUGUCAGCAAAUUUCCAGGAAAAAUAAUUUCUGUAAGUGUGACAGCGUCAGUUGGAUGUCACAUUACAAUGAUAAUCUGAGACUACACCGAACAGAGAAAAACUACAGCUGCCACGACUGUGGAGAAGACAUCAUGAAGGUUUCAUUGCGCAAUCAACACUUUCUUCAAACAGGGCAAAAACCCUAUCCCCCUAAUGAGUACAGAGAAUCCUUCAGUGAUGACGCCAGCUCUGAAAUCCAUCAGCAGUUCCCCUCAGAAGGGAAGCCCCACACAUACAGUCCACGUGGAAAGGGCUGUAGUUAUAGUUCAGUCCUUCGUAUUCAUCAAAGUGUUCCUAGAGGAGAUGGCUGUGUCUCUGAGAGUUCGCAUCUCCACUCCCAUCGGAGAGUCCAUACAGAGGAGAAGCCAUGUAAAUGUGAAUAUGGUGAGGACUUCAGUCAGUGCUCGCCUCUCGACACUUACGAACUUCACACAGGAGAGACAUCCUACAGACGCACCGUUUAUGAGAAAGCCUUCAGUCAUAGCUUAGACCUUAAGAGUAUUUUUAGGGUCCAUACUGGGGAGGAACCCCACGAAUAUGAGGAGAAUGGGACUGUCUUUAAUGAGAGUUCCUGUCUUCAAGUCCAUCAGAGAAUGCACGCUGAAGAGAAACUAUACACAGGUGUGGAGUGUGAGAAGGGUUUCAUUUGUGCCUCAAAUCUUAACCUUCAGCAUAGAGUUCACAUGGAAGAGAUUCCCUAUAAUUCCGAGGAGUGUGGGAAUGGCUUCAGUCUGGCCUCACGUCUUCAGGACCUUCAGAUAGUCCAUACCAGGGAAGAACCAUAUAAAUAUUAUGUUUGUGGUAACAAAUUCAGCCAAAAUGCCUAUCUUCAAGGCCAUCAGAAAAUUCACCUUGCAGAGAAACCUUAUAAGGAGUUUAGGAAUGGCUUCAAUUGGAGUUCAAAACUUAAAGAUCAUCAGAGAGUCCACGGUGGAGAGAAGCCGUACAAAUGCAAUGCCUGUGGUAAAGGCUUCAGUCAUAGAUCAGUUCUUACUGUUCACCAGAGGGUCCACACGGGAGAGAAACCUUAUAAAUGUGAAGAGUGUGAUAAGGGCUUCAGUCGGAGCUCAUACCUUCAAGCCCAUCAGAGGGUCCACACUGGAGAGAAACCCUACAAAUGUGAGGAGUGUGGGAAGGGCUUCAGUCGCAAUUCAUACCUUCAAGGCCACCAGAGAGUCCACACUGGAGAGAAACCCUACAAGUGUGAGGAGUGUGGCAAGGGCUUCAGUCGGAGUUCCCACCUUCAGGGCCACCAGAGAGUCCACACUGGAGAAAAGCCAUUCAAAUGUGAGGAGUGUGGGAAGGGCUUCAGUUGGAGCUUUAAUCUUCAAAUUCAUCAGAGAGUCCACACUGGAGAGAAACCCUAUAAAUGUGGAGAAUGUGGGAAGGGCUUCAGUAAGGCCUCAACGCUUCUGGCCCAUCAGAGAGUCCACACAGGAGAGAAGCCCUACCAGUGUGACGAGUGCGGGAAGAGCUUCAGCCAGAGAUCGUACCUUCAGAGUCAUCAGAGUGUCCACACUGGAGAGAGACCCUACAUAUGUGAGGUCUGUGGGAAGGGCUUCAGUCAGAGGGCGUACCUUCAGGGUCAUCAGAGGGUCCACACUAGAGUGAAACCAUACAAAUGUGAGAUGUGUGGGAAGGGCUUCAGCCAGAGUUCACGCCUCGAAGCACAUCGGAGGGUCCACACGGGAGGGAAACCCUACAAGUGUGAGGUGUGCACAAAGGGCUUCAGUGAGAGUUCACGCCUUCAAGCUCAUCAGAGGGUCCAUGCAGAGGGGAGGCCCUAUAAAUGUGAACAAUGUGGGAAGGGGUUCAGUGGGUUUUCCAGUCUUCAAGCCCAUCACAGAGUCCACACUGGAGAGAAACCCUACAAGUGUGAGGUGUGCGGAAAGGGCUUCAGCCAGAGAUCAAACCUUCAGGCCCAUCAGAGAGUCCACACAGGAGAGAAACCCUACAAAUGCGAUGCGUGUGGGAAGGGUUUCCGUUGGAGCUCAGGUCUUCUGAUUCAUCAGAGAGUGCACAGUGAUGCUAAGUUCUAUAAAAGCGAAGAGGAUGGCAAGGGCUAUCCUUCAUCUGAGAACCCUUACAGACAUGAAGUUCUGUGAAGUGCUGUUCCGUUUCGCUGUGAAGUCCUCAAAUGGGAGCUGAAAUUUUCCAUUCACUAGAGUUCUUAGAGUAGAAAAAUAAUUUCUUUAAUGAAAAUGCCAUGUUUCUGCCCGUCCUCGAUGUUCACAAUGGUCAGGAGACUACACAGCAGAGACAUCUAACGAGAGGGGUUCUGCCAGAACUCGAACCUCAGUCAUUGCACGUGACUCUAGCUGGUCACUGCACUAGGGCUCAUAGAAGAUAAGACUAUGGUCAGGACGCGCAAGCCUGCCCACAUCCACGUCCGCUAGAACGUACACUUAACGAGAGCAGGGGCUUCCUUCACUGCUAAGUCUACAGAACCGUGACAUUCCAUACCUCAGGGUAGGUGCUCCAUACUUGUGCUAAAUGAGUAAAAGCCUGUAAAGGUAUCAUGUUUGAAAAUUUUAUUAAGCUCAUUUCCCUCCCGCCCAAAAUCAUUUAAAAAUGUGUUUGGGGUGCGGGG